GGGCGCGGGGCCCCGCCUCCGGGGUUUCCCCGGCGGGAGGAGGCGUCCGCGCGGUCUCGCAGUACCGACCGCGCUGUCGGUUCGGACGGUGCGGUCGCGGCAGGAGGGCGCCCCCAGCUCGCGCAGCUCGCCGGCCUGGACUCGGCGCCCACGGGCCCGGGAGGAAGCGACUAGACGCCGCGCUCCGGUCCCGCCCGGCCCCCGACAUGAGGCGACGCUGGGGACUCCGGUUCCUCGCGCUCCUCCUCCUGCUGGAGCUGCUGCCGCGGCCAGGCGAUGGCAACGAGGGCAGCGUCGCCGGGAGCUGUUACUGCGGGCAGACAAUCUCCUCCGGCUCCCCUCCGGAGCGCCAGCUACUGGCCCAUCUCCGAAGGCACCUGAAAGGCUAUCAGCGCUGCAGCUCCUACGUCCGGUUCCAGCUACGGGUCCGCAGUGUGUGCGGGGGCAGCAAAGAUCAGUGGGUUCAAGAACUGGUGAACUGCUUUGAUCUCAGAGCAUGUGGACACGUGGACUCUGGGAGUGUGGCCCCCCGGCAGCAUUUGCCUCCCCCCAGCACCCAGGCUCCUGAGCCCGCAGAAACGGCGCCUUUGCACCCGGGCUCCCCUCCCCCGACGCACCUGCCGCCUGCCGUGCGGUCCACCCGGGCGCCCACUCUGCCAGCGGGAGCACUGUCCUCGGGUGAAGAGCUCACCCGCGCCAGUGAAACCGCUACAUCCGCUGUGGGCCACAGUCUCGGGGCCGGGUCUGAGGCUGGGGAGAAGCAGAAGCAGUUGGAAGACAAUGUGGGACCCACAUCGGGGACAUCAGCCACGGUGCCCGUGGUGUCCCUCCUGGCCAUCACCUUCUUUCUCAUCGCUGUUCUCUUGUAUGUCGUGUGCCAGAGGAAGUGGAAGUGCCAGCAGCAUUCUCCAGAUGUGCAGCUCCAUUACAGACGUGUGGCAUCAGACUCCGACUUUUGAGCUAAGAAUGGAAGCCUGUGGGGGCAGACAUUGUGACUUAUUCAGCCCCUUCUGAGUCGCAUUGAUACAUUAGAAUGAUCUCUGGCAAAGGAUGGACACUGUAGCGAUUUUCUGGUUAAUUGGCAGAUGACCAAGCACUGCCCCCUUGUGGGCCCUUCCUGGAUUUUUCCUACACAAUUAUGUAAAAUCAACCUUUUCAUAAGAUCAAUUCGAUAAAUUCUUCAUGUAUGUUUUUAAUUACUAAA